AUGGAGAGCGAGAAGCUGACGUAUGGCGACGUGGUGUGUCUGGGAUGCAUGGAUCUGCACGGGUACCUGACGGGGUCGGGACUCGUGGACGAGCGAGUGCGCUGCGAGAUUCUGGACGAUAACGUCGACGUCCCGCCGUGCCUCGAUAACGCCAAGUUCGAAGUGCGGAUCAAGUACCAGUACUCGCUGUGGAACACCAAGGACGACGCGCACGGCAGCAGCGUCGUCCGCCCGGGCCACAUUCCGCCCAAGGAGGGGGAAGGUGCCAGCAAAGCGGAGCAGGCGUUUAACAAUGCUGAGUUUGUGCGGUCGGUGGGGAGCCCAGUGCUGUACGGGCAGGUGGUGCAGCUGAUGCACGUGUCCAGCCACAAGUUCCUCACAGUCAAGCGCACCCAGUCCGAGCUCGAAAAGUCCCACCUCAAGGUUGUGCUGCAGAAGGGUGGAGACAUGGGCUCCUGGUUCUGUGUCACUCCAACGUACAAGAUCAAGAGGGAAGGAGAGCACGUGGCAUUUGGGGAUGCAGCGACCUUCACUAGUGUCAAGUUCAACGGGGCUGGGCUACGAGUGUCAGAGGGUUCAUGCGACACUACAGUCAUGGGCUCACACCCAUACGUUGCAGACACAAGAGAAGUGAACGCAGGGCCAGAGAUGGCAGGCUGGCGCAUCAUCCCAUUCGCCCUGCACGAGUCUCGCAUCCCCAAUGCUCGCCAGCUGCUCAAGGGAGGCGAUGCCGUCAUGCUCAUCCACAGGGCGAGUGAGAUGAAUCUGGUGUGCGAUGAGGGCAAGGUCGUCUUUGAGGCCCGCAAGCAGGAUGGGGGCCCGAGCUCCAACGCACUGUGGAUGGUUCAGCCCACGUGUGUGGAGUGGGGAGGCCGCCCUCUGCCCUAUGACCAGGGCUUCACGCUGCGGCAUCUAGCGUCGGGGUUGUUCCUGGAGUCCAAGCGCCAGCCACAGAGCUCUCAGGACCUGCGCCUAGAGGACUUCAGUGGAGCGCUGACAGUGACAGACCUGUAUCGCAAGCCCAGCACCAUAUGGACCAUCGGCGCUGUCACUCAGGGCUACGAUAAGUCUGCCGUGCUCUAUCAGUCGCUGCUGCGCUGCCAGGGCGUGCACGGGUAUGUGUCAGGGGGCCUGGGAGAGUACUCGAUGACAGCGGGGGACUCGUCAAGCCGUGCACUGCUGGCACAGCUGGACUCUCUCUACGAGCGCAAGUCAGCAGGCCUCACCCAGUCCUGGGACCAGAAGGAUGCGCUGGUCUUUGAGGUCGCCUCACAUCAAGCAGUCAAGCUCACAUGCACGCAAGCGCACUCGGCGGCGUGUGUGCGCAACUUUGUGGCGGCGCUCGACAGGGUGGACGACAUCGAGCCCUGCGACGACGACUACCAGCUCAAGAAAAGCAUCCGUUCCUCUGGCCUCCUGCAAGUGCUGCUCAAAUACGGCCCGGCAGUGUCGGAGCAGUUGGAGCGGUUGAUUCGCGCCCUCGUGGUGUCAGACAUGCCCGAUGUGCUCAACCUCAGAGGCCCUCCCAACCAGGUCUACCAGGUACUCCAGCGGGAGCAGAAGGUGCUAACAGGCGUGAUGACAAUCCUGGAAACGCUCCUCAUCCGCAAGGGCCUCCCGCAGAACAGCAUCAUGCACCCGCACCUCUUCGGCGGCUUUGACCUCGUGGGGAAUGAGAUCUACACGUCGGGGACCCUCAUGGCCAUCGUGGCUGAUAAUGAGCACAUCAUUUCUUCUGUCACUGUGGAGAAUAUCCGGCAGCGCAUCAUCAACUGUCGCACAUUCCAGCGGCCGCGCGACAUACGCUUCCUGAACAUCAUCUGCAGCUGUGGGGGAGCGCCGGUGCGCACGAACCAGAACGUGGUGGUGGACAUUCUCAAGGAGAACAGCGACGUGCUCGUCAACGCUCGCGUCGCGCCCUCAAAGAACGGUGUGGGCGAGGAGACGCUGCUGCUGGAGCGGGACGGGCUCGUGGUGGACUGUGGCGCGCUUGAGAGUCUUGAUAAGCUUGGCGCGCACUCGGACUCUAUUCACCGCUCGCCACAAGAGGUGCUGUUUCUGUUCUACGUGGUGACGCUGGAGCUGUUCUGCACGCUGUGCAUGCAGCGCAACCGCAAGGCCAUAGACUGGCUGAUAGAGGACAGCGACCUGUACGGGCUGGACUACCACACGCUGCGCAUGGUCGUCUUCAACCCCUCGCUGCCCUUCUUCCUGCGCACCAACUGCUGCCGCCUCCUCACACACCUCUACAUCGACAGGGAGCCGUUUGAGGAGCGCUCCUACACGCGCCUCGUGCUCACCUGGCCGACCAUCGACAACCGUCAGCCAUUCCCCGAGGAGGAUUCAUCAGAGGAGGACGACGUGUCGCGAGCCAUGGCAGACCCGUUCCUGGCCUUCCCGCACAAGGCACCCGAACCGGGCUUCACAGCACUCAAGCACAACAUUCUCGACUUCCUCCCCUCCACCACGCUCGCUCAGACCAACUCUCGCCCUGGCCAGAGCUCUCUCACCUUUGCCGUGCUGCAGACGGCUAGUCUGAUGCUGCGGUUUGGGCUGUUUGGGAGCUUUUCGGGGCAGGGCGAGGAGGGGAUAGCGCCGAUUGUGGACGCGGUGAUUCCGCUGCUGGAUGGGCGGUCGGAGAAGUGGGGCGGGGACGGGGAUGCGCUGCGGUUCAAGAGCGAUCCUGAGUCCAACAUGAAUACUGUCAUGGAGGCCAAGACGGUGAUAUGUUCCAUGCUCAUGUACAUAUUUGACAUGCGCAGCAACUGGUGCAUCACCACGGCCUUCGACGCCUACUCGCGCCUGGGCGACCGCGCCACCACCGUGCCCUGGGACAUGCCCGCCAGCCUCUCCCGCACCGCACAGGACCCCACCGACGUGCCCUCUCCAGCCAUUGGCGCGCCUCCCUCCCCUGCGGCAACGCUCGAUGCCUCCUCCUCAUCCGCCACCACCCCUGCGGCUCAGGACUUAAACGGAUCAAACUCCGCUCUUGCCCGCGCGUUAGCCGCGGUCGACGGCGCCACGAGUCCUCACGGGGAGAGAGCAGCGGGCGUGGGUUCAGGCGGGGCGGGAGUGGGCGUGGGCGGGUUACCAGCAUCAGGCAGCACAGGAGGUCUAGCAGCCGUGGCUCUAGCAGCCAUGGCGGCAUCAAAAGACUCCAGCCGCAAGUCCAUGUGGCGCGGCAUGAGGCUCAAACUAGAAGCUAACAACCUCAAGGCGCACGGUCGCGCCACCUUUCGCAUGUUCCCACCUGACGCAUCCGUGUUUGAGGGCCUGAGCGGGCAGCUGUUUAAGAGGCCUGCGCUGAGUGCGCUAGUGGAGCGUGUGUCGGAGGGCGGGUUGCCGUAUAUGCUAGAGGUGCUGUUGGAUUUGACGCGGUACCAGUAUGCGCCGCUCAAGGCAUAUGCGUUUUCGCUCAUUGACCGGUACAUGACGGAGAAGGCGUCGCUGCUGCGCAAGAUGCUGGAGUGCCACAUCAUCGUGGACGCUGACAUGAUGCUCGUGUACAAGCAGGUGGCUCGCGAUGUGAGUGUGCUGCGCAGCCUGCAGGGCUGGCUGGGUAGCGACGACUCGCGACUGCGAGUGGAGGUGCGGCGGCGGUGCGUGCGGCUGCUGGGGCGGUUCAAGGCCAUGUGCACGGUGGGGCCGGGACAGAACGAGGCGCAAGUGCUCAAGCACCAGACCAUCCUGCAGACCGUCGGCGCUCACCUCUGCUCCGUGGAUCUACUGCGCACGCCCUUCCGCAGGGUGGCAUCGCAUGAGCCGGGAGUCAUGGACUGCAUGAGCGACAGGGGCCUGCAGGACCUCUUCUCAGCCGCCUACCAGUUCCUCGCCAUGUUCUGCGCAGGAGUGGUGAACGAGGAGCUACAGCUGGAGCUGCACGCGCACAUGGGCGUGUUCCUGCCGCACCGGGGGCUGGCGUCGCUGAACGUGAUGGCGUUCCUGUGCGCCAUGCUCAAGGACAACUACGAGCUCUGCUCCACCGUCUCGCACGACCACCUGUGGGCCUGCAUCAAGCUCAUCCUGCGCUACGGCAAGCGCGCCACCUGGCUGCAGUUCCUCGAGACGGUGGUGCUGGUGAACGGGAAGCCAAUAGCGCGCAACCAGAUGAUGGUGCUGGACAUGAUAAUCGACUACGACGACCAGAUCUCCGGCCUGCCGCACACGCCCACGCACUGGCGCUGGCGCGAGGCCCUCAUGCGGCGCAACGAGCACGUCACAGCAGGGGUUGACAGCCAGCUGCGUUACCACACCGCGUACGUCUCCCUCAUCGCCGCGUGCUGCUGGGGGAACAAUCCUGCGAACGCUGUGAAGGUGAGCGGGCUGGUGGGGUUAGGGGAUAUCAUGGCCACGCUGCUGUGGCUCGCGAGUGAGACUGCUGUGAGCGCGGACGCGGAUUCGGAAGACAUGGAUGACGUGGCGUGGGAUGAGGAGGAGCUUAUGGAAGAAGUUGUGGAGGAGGAGGGAGAGGGGGAGGAGAGCAGGGCCGGGGACGGGGAGGGAGGAGAGGAAUCGUCUGAGGUGUGGAACUUGGAGAUCAGCUCGGAUGGGGAUACACAGGAGGUGGACUCGUGGUCCACUGUCACGUCUGAAACUGGCUCUAUUCGCCCUGUGAAGCGCGCGGGAGACAGUGUGAACGGCAGCGGCCGCUUGCAGGCGUCGGGGACGACUCAGAGGCGCCUGGAUCCGCGCAUGUCGCGCAGUUUUCCCGCGUCUCUCAGCCAGCAGGAGAGCGCCAAGGCGUCGCUGCAGGCCAAGGGAAGCCAGAGCUUCAAGGUCAGCCGGCGCGGACAGGGGAUGUUUGACGAGGCGGGGCGAUACGUGUGGGGGGAGGACGAGGAGGAAGACGACGAGGGGCUGUGUGAGGAAGAGGAUGAGGAGGGGGUGGCAAGGUCAGAGCAGGCGCGGGCCCUGUGGCGAAAGACUAACUCCAUGCGCACGUGGCGUGGCGAGGCGAGCGAGUGGGAGUGCCGCGCGAUUCCUCUGGAGGCGGUGCAUGUGGUGAAGGCGGCGUAUGUGCGGCUGCUGCACCAGGCGUAUGUGACAGGGCACAGCGACCGAGCAACGGCGGAGAUUAGAGACGAGGGCAACGGCAUGUGGCCUGACGCACGUGACUCAGAAGGGGAUGGGCGCGGUUCAGCAAUGGGUGUGAGAUCGCCUCGGCUUGCCUCAGGUGGUGGUAGCACGGACCUGGGUGCGGGUCCAUCGAGUGCGGAGAAGGCCGCGGGGUGGCGGGGGAUCAGCGGGUCGGUGGGGAUCCGGGGGGGGCAGCCUGUGUCGCUCAUGGAGGACACAGUGACUGAGCUGCGCCUGGCAGCAGAGGAGAGCUUCGACCACGCUGCACCAGAGGGGUCAGCGCUGCACUACGUAACUACAGCCGCGCUGCCCAUGCUUUCCGCCUACUUCAAGCGGCACUUCACGUCCCGCGCUGCUCUCCCGGACUCCCACCGGAAGGUGUUGGAUGAGCUGGUGGCGGGUAUCUGGGAGCUGUGCUCGCAGCUGCCGGCGUCGCAGCAGGAGGCGUGCGUGCGGUGCGUGGAGGAGAUGAAAGCGGCGGGCGCACUCAAGGGCACCAUGUACGACCCGCUACUGCUGCCCUUCGCCAUGGACCGCCAGAUGUCGCGCCUCAAGUCGUCGGACCUGGCGCGCAAAGGCGCGGUGUUCAAGAGCAACUGGGUGAACUUCUCGCGGCUGUUCUCGCACACGCUGGAGAUCACAGACCUGCACACCAUGGAAGGGUCGGGCGCUAGAGACCUCGCGCUCCUGCUCUCGCAGCAGCGCCUGGUGAUGAACUCCGUACCGCCGUUCCACUACUCGGAUGUUGUGCGGCAGCUCACACUUCUCCUCUCGGCCCCGAAAAUCCCCGAUGAAAUGACGCCGGAUCUCAUCGUGCGCUUCCUGCGGGUAUGCCGCGCGAUGAUCUACCUAACAGAAGACACCGACACCAGGUCUGACCUCCCCGGGGGAGGUGCAGCGUCCGCGUCCUCGUCGAAUCCUACCUCUAUCUCCGCCUCCGCCUCUUCUGCUUCUACUACAUGGCUAGUGAGUGACGACCGCAAGCCCUUGGUAGCCAACAUCACGCACUCUCUCGGUGCUGCUGUGGGCGCCGUACCUGCUGCCACAGGCACGGGCGCGGGCGCUUCUGGUGGGGCAGGUGCGGGGGAGAAGCGGGAGGAGCAGGUGUCUGUGGGGCUGCUGGUGCUGCGUCCAGAGGAGAAGGCGCGAGCGAUGAGCAAGUGGGAGAUGUUUGAGGCGUCUCUCCCUGUGCGCUACUCCAAGUCGUCUCUCGACGCGCUCGACCGUGUGCAGUGCAAGUACGCGGAUCUCGGCCUGGCAGAGUGCGCCGUGCGCCUCGUGAGCCACGGCAACCAGUGGGUGCAGGCCGAGGCAGUUAAGCUCGCGAUCGCGCUGACAGACGAGGGAAACAGCAAGGUGCAGGAUCUCAUGUAUGCUGUUCUUGUGGAGGAUGGGCAGCUGUUCUUUACAGUCCAGAAGGUGCUUGCUGCUGCGUCCGCCACGAUCAAGUUUGUGCGCAAGGGGUUGGAUAAACAGGAGGCUAGGGCCAGAAAGGAGGCUGCUGGGAAGCGGCAGAUGCAGGAGAUGGCAGGGGAGGGGUUCGGGGAGGAGCGGGAGGGGGCUGGGAGUGAGAGCGCUCGUGGCAGCGUGAGCGGGUUUUUCCGCGGGAGGAGUGUUCCGACGACCAUGCCUCGAGCGUCUUCGGCUAUCAGUGCGAGAGGGGGACGAGUGCCGGCGGUUGACUCGCCUGCAUCUGCUUCGUCGACUCCUCCCGCCGCAGCACCAGCAGCAGCAUCCGCAGCGGCGGGAGGAGAGGGUGGAGGGUCUGUGCUAACUCCCUCCAUGCGCUCACGGCUGCUGCAUGCCGCUGCCAUGAUGAGACGGGCUGCGGCCAGUCAGGCAGCAGCAGGUGGGGAUGGGUCCAAGGCGGUCGAGCAGCACAAGGAGAAGGAGGGUGGAGCGAGUGGAGCAGAAGCUAGCAGUGGAGGGAAGCAAGAGGAGGUGCAAGAGGAGAAGCUGGAGCGGGUAGGAUCGUUACGGGCCUUCGCCAAGUCCAGGUCGUUGCGCAUUCCCCGGGUGACUCUAGCUGACAGCCCCAGUAUUGCUUCAGACGACGCGCUCACAGCCUCUGCUGCAGCCAGGGCCACCCCCACCAGCAGGGGCAGCAGCAAGGCUCGACCGGGGCUUCCAAAGGCCGCCACUUCCAAAUCCAACAGCAACAGGGGCGACAGCGGGGAGGCAGGAUUUGGUGGAGGGUCCACUGGGGAGUCUGGUUCUGCCGGUGCAGGUGAGAGCAAGGGGGGGAAUCCCCUGCGCAUGUUCCGCCGCGCUGUGUCCUCUGUGGUGACUCGUGAGCUGCCGCGCGCCUCCUCGUCUGCCGCCGCGCACUUCCCCAUGCCCCGCACGCGCGCGUCCAUGGACGCGCAUAGCAAGGCGGGGCGGCGCGUGGAGGGGAGUGCAUCGCGCGAGGAGGAUGAGGACGAAGAGGAGAGCGAGGGGCGGUUGCGGCAGGAGGAGGAGGACGGAUUUCAGCUGUGGAACGUGGAGGAGUCAGCGAGUCACAAGGACACGACGCUGCACAAGAAGGCGUGGGUGGUGCUGUCAGGGCAUGUCACCAAUGUGCUGCGCAUGCUGCAGCUUCUAUGCGAGGGGCACAACGCACGCAUGCAGCGGCUGCUGAGAGUCCAAGACGACACUGCGGCCGCGGGUGCUGUUGCUGGCAGUGGCGGCGGCGGCGGGGGCAUGGCGUAUGACUCGGGCCCGUGGGGCGGGGGGAGAGGCGCGGGGGGCAGCGGUGCGGGGAGCAACGGGCGCAGUGUGAACUUGCUGCAGGAGAUUAUCGUGUUUCUGGAGCAUCUGCAGCCGUCAUUGGACAAGAACCUGUCCCAGCACAACCCUCUGCUCGCUCAGAUCGCCCUCCAGGCCCUAAACACACUUCUAGAGGCAAUCCAGGGUCCGUGCUUUGAGAACCAGCUGGCACUAGUGCGGUCCAACUUCCUGUCCAUCACGCAGCGCAUGAUGGCGAGCCUCACGUACCGUGACGAGCGCGUGCCCGCCCCCGACGAGCACGGGGAUGGCGGCGAGCAGCCCGUGCGGUUCAGCCCGGAGGUGAUCGCCAAGGUGCUGAGCUACACGGCUCUCGGGGAUAGACCCGCUGGCAGCCUUGACUGCCCCAUGCUUGGUCCAAACGACCUGCGCACAUGGGUGCGAAACGGCAUCCUGUCAGUGUACCUGUCGCUACUAGAGGAGAUAGGCAGCAACCACGAGAUUCCCAGCAAGAUGGCCGCUGUCAUUGACUUCUCCGCGCUGCUGCAGCGCUGCCGCCACGUGCGCGGCACCAUCCUCAACGAGUUUGACGCCUUCUCGUCAACAGCGGCCCGCAGAUUCCGCGGCCGCUCCACUCUUUCCCUCUCUGAGAUGCUCGAAGCCACGGGCCUUGCUGCUGUUGCUGCGGCUGCUGCUGGUG